AUGGCUGCACAAAGCUCAUGCUCGUCUCGAAGCAGAUCUUCGUCACAUAGUAGGCUGCUACUUUGUUCCCAUGGUGAGAAGUCGGUGCUGCGAAUCUCAGGUACAAAGGAGAACCUAGGUCGCAGAUUUUGGGGAUGUGUCUACUUUGAGGUGCAACAAGGCUAUAAUUUCUUUCAUUGGGCAGAUCCAGAGACUGAGGUGGAACACUCAGAAAUUGCUAGAAUAAGGAAGAAGGUUUCGAUGCUGAAAUCAAGAAUGAAAGCGGUAGAGUGGAAGCUAAAGGUGUAUUCUGUUGUUGUUGUAGGUAAAUUGGGCUAA